AUUUGAAAUGAAAUAUUCAAACAAUCCAUAAUUUCAAUCAAUUGAAAAGGCUAGGAGAGGUACUUUGAUAUUCUUAAUCCACUCUAGAAUCUCCAUAGACUGAUAGGCUAAAAGUAUUGACUGAGAAAUGGUCUAAUUUAAAAUAAGGAUUGGAUAAAGAGAAGAAUGACAAGAAAGAAUUAGUCGAAUAGCACAUCCAAAGAAUAGAGUCUCUUUUGAAUUAAGAGAGACCUAAGGAAGAGCAGAAGUUCAAGACUUUGAAAGAUCAUUUGUUAAAAUUAUAAGAUUAGGUUUAUCAGGAAAAAAAUGAUAGAGAAUUAUUUGAUGAACUAAAAUAGAAAGACCUUCGCAAUUUUGAAGAAUAGUUAACUUAGCAAGUGGAAGAUGAAAAAAGUGUAAAUAUUUGAAUUUAAUAAUGUAAUUAGAAUAAAAGAAAAUUAGAAUUGUAGUUGUUAAAAUAAAUUGAAGAGAGGUUCAACAGUCUUAACUCAAAUUUACAAUAAAAUAAUGGAAAUUGCAAAGAUAAAACUAACAAAUUGUUAUAAAGCAUUACUUUGUAAAUGAGCGAAUUGAAGUAUUUAUUAGAAGGAGAAACUCAGAACAGAGAAGAUUCAUAAAACAAUUUAAUUGAACAAAUAGACAAUUAAAUUAAUGCAUUUUAAGAUAUGUUACAUGUAGAAAGACAAAUUAGGGAUGAGACACAAAAGAAAAUAUUUAAUAUGAUAGAAGAUAUCCAUUAAAGAAUUCAAACUGAAUUAAGAACUGAAAAAUAACAAAGAGAAUCUAUGGCUGAUUAGCUACUGAGAUUACUAGAAGACACAUGUGUUAGAAUUGAUGAAUAGUUUAAUAAUUGAAAUUCUAAAUAUAUUAAUU